AUGAGUAUCCCACCUACAGUAGCGGGAUCUUUAGGUUCGCUGCAUUCAAAAACAUACCAUUCAGAGAUACCUGCGUCUCUAUUAUCCACUGAUGAAGAGAUUAUUCUGGGUGUAGAUGAAGCUGGAAGAGGUCCUGUAAUGGGGCCUAUGGUUUAUGGUAUUAGCUACUGCACAAGAAAGUAUGAGAAAGAAGUUGUUUGUAAAUACGGGUUCGAUGACUCGAAGAAACUAACCGAUCAAGUUAGACAAAAACUGUUCGCUAAGAUAUACAAUGGUGAGAUCGAUGGUAUCGGUUAUGCAACGACGGCAAUUACAGCAUGUGACAUAAGCAGUGGCAUGCUGAGGUUUCCCCCAGAAAAAAAUUAUAAUUUGAAUCAACAAGCGCACGAUGUAACGAUAUCUCUCAUCGAUGACGUUUUGAAGUCCGGAGUAAAAAUAGGACAUGUAUACGUAGACACUGUUGGUCCGCCAUCAACAUAUCAAAAAAAACUAGAGGAGCGAUUCCCUCAAUGCAAAAUAACCGUAGCAAAAAAAGCAGAUUCUAUUUACCCAAUUGUUAGUGUCGCUAGUGUCGUUGCCAAAGUGACAAGAGACGUUAUCCUCAUAGGAAGCAAGAAAACCCCGGACGAAAUCUUGGGAUCUGGAUAUCCUGGUGAUGCAAAAACAGUCCAAUGGUUGAAACAAGAAAUGACACCAUUGAUGGGUUGGUCCCCAUACAUGGUCAGGUUUUCGUGGCAGACGUGUGAAACAAUGCUCUCAAAGAGCACCGACACAGUGCCAAUCGAGUGGGAAGAAGAUGCUAUGACAAAAAAAAAGAUGCAAUGGGCCCCGGAAAUCAAAAACAAACCCAUAUCCUUGGAUUCCUGGUACCAGUAG